ACAAAUAUAAGUGAAAAGCUUUUAAAGAAGAUAUUUAUUCUCGAUCGCGGGAAAAUAAGAUAACAGAAUAAUGAAUCAACAAGGCUUAGAGGAUAUAGAAGUAGCCAGACAAAUGACGACAAAUGGGUGCUUCAGUAAAGCCUUCGACCUGUACAUUAUGGCCUUUGAGAAGAAUGCAGCUAUCAAAUCAGCAUAUGAAAGUGAAUUUCGUUUAGUGAUGACUCAAUUGAAUGAGGUUUUGAUGACAGCCAAUAAAAUGGAAGAUGUAUUUAUCAACUACACACGCGCGCUAAUGACUUUUCCUAACAGCAUUAUAAUAUUAAAUGACAUGGGCAAAUUCCUUUUCAAAUGUGGAUUCUACGAGAAGGCUUGGGAACAUUUUGAGGAGGCGCUUAAUAUAGACUAUACCUUUGUUAAUGCUGAAAAAAAUUUUAACUCUCUUAAAAAUCUACUUGUUGAGCGCUGGCACUUUAGGAUGCUAAAUGACAGAAUCAGAAAUGAAACUUACCGCGCCGCAAUACAUGAGUCAGUUAUACCUCAUGUUGACACCAUUCUGGACAUGGGAACAGGCACUGGUUUGUUAACAGUUUAUGCUUCUGAAUGCUCUCCGAGAAUUAUCACUGCUUGCGAUGGAUCGAAAGUAAUGAGUGACUUGGCAACUGCAAUUACCCAAGAAAAUGGGUGUGAACACUGUAUCAUUGUGAACAAACUGUCAACAGAAAUGCAGUUACAUGAAGCAGGGGGCAGGAGAACACUGUUACUUACAGAGGUGUUUGAUGCAGGAUUAUUUGGGGAACAUGUUCUUCAAUCUCUAAUCCAUGCUUGGGAAAACUUGCUGACAGAUAAUGCCAGGGUCAUUCCCAGCAAGGCAGAGUUCUUUGUAAUAGGUGCAAAGUGUGAUUUUUUGCAUAAAAGAUAUCAGCUGUGUUCAUCAAUUAAAAGCAUUCUAAAUGUUCAAAACUUGAAUGUGCAUGUUUUGACCUUUGAUGAGACAUAUGAUUGUGAAGAUGUGCAUUUUUAUGGAGAUGAUAUCAAGUACAUAACCGAGGCCAAGUCUCUGGUAUGUGUGGACUUCAACAACUGUCAGGAGUUGAAAAACCUAUUAGAGAUGGACCAUUAUGAGGUUGAAUUGGUGGUUCAAGAAACUGGUGAGAUUAAUACUGUGAUUGGCUUUUUUAAUUUAUAUUUGACAGAUAAUGUUACUGUAACAACUGACCCUAGAUCUGACAGGAGAGCUAAUGCAUGGCAACAGGCAAUCUUUUAUGAUAAAAUUCCUGUGCAGGUGGUGGAGAAUGAUAUCAUCCCAAUGUAUUUUUCACUGAAUGGUGGCAAGUUGACUAUGUAUAAAGAUGAUACUAUAGUCAGGAUUUCUCCAGAAACAAUCAGAUUCUUAAAUGACAUUGAAUAUGUAAAUACAAUAGCUGGGUGUAUUGGCACCACUUGUAUCUAUCUUGGACAGAUGGCUGAAAUGUCACAAAUAACUGUAGUCGAUUUGUGUCCAUUUCCAGUGUUUGGCCUGUAUCUCCUGAUGAGGGGAGCUAAGUCAUUGACUUGCUGUGCUAAAACUGAUAGUGAUAAAGAAUUUUUUGAAAUAGUUUUUAAGAGCAAUAAUAUUCCUUUAUCAAACAUUACGAUUUUGAUAGGAGAUAACUGGUCACAAGAAGGGUUCAAGGAUGAAAAGUUCCAUGCUAUAUUUUGCAAUAUAUUUGAAGUUUGUGGUGAAAUUGACUUGCGCUUGAAGGCAAUGGCUGAGCACUUGAAACAGCACCAUCUAAUUCAGGAAGGCCUUUUCUUACCUGCCAGCAUAAAACUGAUGGGUCAAAUUGUUAAGAGUCACUGGCUGGAUAUAAACAAUAAAUUGUAUGAUGAGAAUGUCAGCAAUUAUAAGAUAUCUAAGCACUUGAACCCAUACCAAGUAACACAGAAUUUUUGUAUUGACUUCAGCCAUUUAGAGUACACUCCAUUAUCAGAGGUCUGUGUGCUUGGAACAAGUGAUAGUACAGAGGGUGUUGAAGUUAUAGAUGUUCCAAUAAUAAAAGAUGGAUUAUCUUCUGCUGUAUUGUGCUGGUAUUCAAUAGAACUAAUGCAAGAUUUAAAGGAAAUUUCAACCAAUAGGAAAAAUAGUUUCAUUGAUGGAAUCGUAUUUGUUACUGAUCCUAAAAUCCGUCUUCACCGUGGACAAUCGGCUCCAGUAAUGCGAUGCGUCGACUCCGACGGUGCUUUUAAGUUAACAAUGCAUUUAGAGGAGUAGAAGACUCGAUAAACUGUUUCGACCUAUGCUAUGCAGUUAUAAAAUAUCUGAAUGAUCUCAAGAAAUGAAUUAUUUUUUAAGAAUUUUAUCUUCUUUAGAAGAAUGUCUAGUCUUUAUUGAUCAAUGAAUAUAAAUUCUGUCUAAGUAUUUGUAAUAUUUGUAUUUUAGUUUGAAAAAAGUGAUAAGUGGGAUGAUUGGAGCUUAUCUUUUAGAUAGGUACUAAGUAAAAAAAUAUGGACUAAGAAAGACAAUAGGCUAUGAAGAGCUGAAAUGCUUAUGGCCAAGUUUACUGUGCAUACGACAUGCAUGUAGAUGGGUAGAUUAAUUAGUAGAGGCUGCCCCUGUUGCAGAACUGAUCUGUCGCUUUAUAUGGAAGGGCAUGGAUUAUAUAAAAUCUUAUGGGUAUGUGAAAUGUUGCCAACAUCAACAACAGGAUGUGGUAUUCACCUUAAUAUUUUUUAAUACUUGGAAUCACAGAAAAAAUUUAAAAAAAUGUAAUGAAAAAUUCACAGUUCCAACAUUGAAAGCAGUGGUAAAAUCAAAAAACAACUCCAACUCUCCAAUAAUACUUAUUGACAUUGAGAAACAUUUUCAAACUCCACUUUGUAGAUUCUCGUAUAUUAUUAAAUGUGACGUACGAUCGAUGUUAGAUAUAAUCAAUAAACCAUGUCAUAAUAACCAUAAUCAAUAAUAAAAUAGUUAUAACUGUUUAAUCAAAUAAUUUAUCUUUUACCCCGGCCGAAAAUAUUGUGACCCCCACUUGUGAGGGAAACAAUGUCAAGUGUUAGUUUUUUGCUAAUCGUGUUGAUAUCGUUAGAGUCACUUCUCGACCAAAAACCCAAUAAAUCUAAAAAAAACUCAAUAAAAAAUAUGUAUAUGCACAGAGCA